CAUUAAACAUGACGUCACGGGCCUAGCUUGUUUUCUUUUCUUUCUUUUUUUUUUUAAUCAAAGCUUUUGCUAGCGCGUGUUAGCAUCUCCCGGAGACGAGCUAGACUAGCCACAUUAUAAUGGGGAUCGAAGACGAAGCUGACCGGACGCUUUUUAUCAGGAAUUUGGAUAUGCGAGUGACUGAGGAGCUUUUAUUCGAGCUAUUCUUACAGGCAGGACCUCUCAUCAAAACCAAAAUUCCAAAAGACGUUGGUGGCAAACAGAAAACAUUUGGUUUCGCUGUGUACAAACACGAGGAGUCGGUGCCGUAUGCCAUGGAGCUCCUCGACGGGACGCCCCUGUUUGGUAGAAUGAUCCAUGUGCAAUUCCGAGCAGGCAGCACCUACAGCAACAAUUCUGGGAACUUCAAUCCUACAAGUACUCCAAAUCCCCGCAGAUUGAGGGUGCCGCCGCAGUUCACGUCUCCUCCAUACACUCCGCCAGCAGGAGUAUACUGCUCCGCAGGCAGCUUCAGACAUAAUCGGCAGCAGCAACACAACAGGAACUAUCACCAGCAGAAUGCCUGGGGGGGCGGCGACCUUCAUCACAACAGGCAACAGAGGAGUUUUUACCGUGGUUACCACGAUAGUCGUUGGAGACGAUACUGAUGUAAGGGAAAAGAGACUCUUUUUUUGACAAUAUCUGUAUGCUCAGGUUGUUUUGUAUAUGAACAAAAAAUGAUUUGUAUGUUAACCCUUUUUUUUUUUGGUUUACAAUUUUAACGUUUUUAAAAUUGUAUUUUAUGUGACACAAACCUCACAGAUCACAUUUGGCCAAUGACAGAAAUGUGAUUCUUGUUUAAAUAGACGGGAUGGGACAGGACUUGGCCUUUUGGCCUGUUUUUUUGUAUCAUUUAACUAACAAUAUUAAUCAUGGUGCUCAGAGUAAUUGUACAAUGUUCAGGUAAUUUGCAAAAAACGACGACAAAAAAAAUCCACCAGCACCCCUUCUGCAAUGUUGAGUUUACUAAAAAUGUUCCUUUAUUCUUUUUUUUAACCUUGAUUUUCUUAAGGCAAAUGAGUGAUGUUUUAAAACAAUCCUGAUUAUAAACAUGAUUUGGCUGAA